AUGAAUCGACUUACAAACGAACAACGCUGGCAAAUUAUUGAAUUUUACUAUCAAAAUUCAUGCUCGGUUAAGAGAGUGCAUCGAGCACUGCUUCCAAUUUAUGGGCAAUUUGGUCGGCCUACUGAGGGAGCUAUUCGGAAGCUUGAAACUAAAUUUCGAACCCAGUUUACAUUAUUGGACAUUAAACCACCAACACGCAGACGUAGAGUGAGGACUGAAGAAAAUAUUGCGGCUGUAUCCGCCAGUGUUAGUGAUGACCGUGAAAUGUCGAUUCGCCGCCGUUCGCAGCAAUUGGGCCUCUGUUACUCCACUACGUGGAACAUUUUGCGACAGGAUUUGGGUGUAAAACCUUAUAAGAUACAGCUGGUGCAAGAAUUGAAGCCUCACGACCUCCCUCAACGUUUCCCAUUUGGUGAAUGGGCUCUGGCAAAGUUGGAGGAAGAUCCACAUUUUUAUCGAAAAAUUGUGUUCAGCGACGAAGCUCAUUUCUGGUUGAAUGGGUACGUUAACAAGCAAAAUUGCCGCAUCUGGAGUGAAGACCAGCCAGAAGCAUUGCAAGAGCUACCAACGCAUCCCGAAAAAAUCACUGUUUGGUGUGUAUUAUGGGCCGGUGGCAUCAUCUGGCCGUACUUCGUCAAAGACGACAAUGGCCGGAACGUAACUGUGAAUGGCGAGCGCUACCAGCUGGACUUGGCUGACAUGUGGUUUCAACAAGAAGGUGCCACAUGCCACACCGCACACGAAACAAUGGCCCUAUUGAGAGGCGAGUUCGGUGAACAGUUUAUCUCACGUUUGGGGCCGUCAAUUGGCCGCCUAGAUCGCCAUGUUAGGGCUUAUGUCUACAGGGAUAAACCAGCAACGAUUGACGCACUGGAAGCCAAUAUUGAAGCAUUUAUUCGUGAGAUACCGGCCGAUAUGUUGGAGAGAAUGGUCGCGACAACAGCGGGUCAUAUUGUAACAAUUGCUCUUAAUGAGCAAAGAACUGUUACUGCGGAUUGGUAUACCACCAUUUGUUUGGCAAAAGUCAUCACCGAGCUUCGAAAAAUCAACCCCGAAAGAAGAAUCAUCCUCCACCAAGACAAUGCAAGCUCGCACACAGUCCAAAAAACAAGGCAGUAUUUAACGGAAGAAAACGUGGAAUUAUUGGACCAUCCUCCAUAUAGUCCCGAUCUAAGUCCUAACGAUUUCUUUACUUUCCCGAAAAUUAAAAACAGACUGCGUGGUCAAAGGUUCCAUUCACCAGAAGACGCAGUUGACGCAUUCAAAAAUGCUGUUUCGGAUCUGCCAGCAAACGAGUGGAAUAAGUGCUUCGAAAAUUGGUUCGAGCGCAUGUAGAUGUCUAUUAAUCUUCGUGCAGAAUACUUCGAAAAGCAAUAAA